ACCGCCGCUAUACUCCUCGGAACAUCAUCACAAUGGAUUGGUUCUAUAUUGCCGCUGGGUGUGUUGGUAUCGCACAGGUGGUGUUUGACUGCUGGACUUGGGUGCAGGCAUUUAAAAUACUUGGAUUUUUGGCUCUUUUAAGAUAUGUUAUAUUACCAGCAGACUGUGAUCUAACCCUCUUCCUGUUCAAACACUUUGGAAAGCCAGUUGAGAGUCUUGAGGGUCAAGUAGUGUGGAUCACAGGAGCCUCAAGUGGUAUUGGCAAAGCGCUUGCUAUUCGACUGGCAAAAGCAAAAGUUAGAGUUGUUCUUUCUGCACGGUCUGUAGAGAACUUGAAUGAGGUGAAGCAGAAAUGUAUCGGUAAAUGUCAGUCUGGAAAUGAAAGGAACUUAGUAAAUUCAAAAAUGUAUGGAUAA